GGGUUGAAUGACGUCACCGCCGCUUCGCCCGCCGCCAUGGCGCUUCCGGGCUGGACGCUGUGUUUCUUCGGUGUGGCCUCGGUCUGCGGAGGAUUCUGCAUCUACCGCCUGCUGGCCGGCGCCCGGAGGAGCUCCCUGAACAGAGGGCUUGUGAGAGAACUGAUGGCCCGAACGGAGAGGCCGCUGUUUUGGAUCGCAUACUCGCUGUACACACGGACCAAGCUGGGAUACAUGUUUUACAAACGUCAGAUGAAGAAAGCGCGGGAGAAAUACCCAGCAGGCCACUCCCGAGCACAACCCACCAACAUAAACGGCAUCAAGAUCAUCCCGGUGCCCGUUCUGUCAGACAACUACAGCUACGUCAUUAUUGACACGGCAUCCAGUCUUGCUGCUGUGGUGGAUCCUGCUGAUCCUCAGUUUGUGCAGGCUUGCCUGGAAGAAGAAGGGGUGACAUUAGAAGCCAUUCUUUGCACACACAAACACUGGGACCACAGUGGGGGAAACAGAGCCCUCAGAAGGCUCCACAGCUCCUGUAGGGUGUAUGGAAACCUUAUGGACAACAUUCCUGGCCUCACACAUCCUUUAACAGACAAAGACACCAUAGAUGUUGGGACACGUCUGCGCUUCAGGGCCUUUUACACCCCUGGCCAUACUGUGGGUCACAUGAUCUACCUCUUGGAUGGACGAGCAUUUGGGGGGCCCAGCAGCCUCUUUUCGGGAGACCUGGUUUUUCUGUCGGGAUGCGGGCGAAUGUUUGAAGGCUCUGCUUCAACGAUGCUGUCAUCUCUGGACACAGUCGGCUCACUGAACGACGACACGCUGCUCUGGCCUGGCCAUGAAUAUGCUGAAGAUAACCUGCUGUUCGCUGCAGAAGUGGAGCCUGGUAAUGUGGUACGAGAACAGAAGCUACAAUGGGUCCUGCAGCAGAGAGGCCAGAGACUGUGCACGUGCCCGUCUACACUGGCAGAGGAAAAGCAGUACAAUCCAUUCCUAAGGAGCCAUACUCAGGAUCUCCACCGAGCAUUAGGCCUGCAGCAGAACCAGGAUGAGGACUGGACCUCGUAUAGAGCCCGAGUUUUAGAGGAGCUGCGCAGGCAAAAGGACAUUUAUAAAGCCCGCUAGCGUCCCACCUAGAAGUGGAGGAUGAAACUACUAAACCCAUUCCAACUGGCCCUGUUGUUUUCCCUCACUCAAAGUGUUUGGACUGCUUUAUGAGGAGGGCAUUGAUUGGACAUGAAGGUUACAGUUUGCACAUUUUGGAACCUUUGGGCAUUAUUGAGAUACUGUUGGCUGUAUUUGCUGCGGGGAGUUGUUUUUUUCCAGGCUUUCAAGAUGAGGCUGAGUGACUUGUAUCCCUGUAAUCAUACCGAAAUUUCUAUAAGUUUCUAGAAAUAGCUUGUGUUGUGCACACCCUCUUCAACUUUCUCUAGUUCUACGCAGAGCAGCAGAGCAUGUUUCUGUUCUGACUUUGGGCAGUAUAGGUUUGGGCUAACCUGCACCGCUGUUCUGUGCUUGCGGCCCACUGAGGUUUGGAUUUGGACCCACGCGAAACCCUUUUUAGGGCUGAGUUGUGCAGGGCUGACUUUGAGGGGUCAGUCAUGUGCCUCUCAUUGUGGGUCAUUAGUUGAGCCCCAAGUCAUGGGUAGGAACCCCAGUCCUGGAGGGCUGGAUUCCUGCAGUUUGGUGAUUUUGCUACUCAGACACACCUAAUUCAACUCUUCAGCUAUUUACCAAGUUUAGUUGGUGUGUUAGAGCUGGGAAUUCACUAAAUUGAGCUGGACUCUGGCCCUCAGUUCCCCAUCUCUGCCCUAAGUGAACCCCAUACUCCCAAUGUUUGCCAACAUUGAUCCUCUGAUAGAUACAGUGGUUUGAAUAACACUUUUUUUCAGUAAUUAAGGUACUAAAAGCGCUGUACAUUUGUCCUUUUGUGAGUAAUAAACCACUAUAUGAGCCCCUUU